UUCAACCACAAAUAUCAACUACUAUGAAUUAAAAUCAUUUCAUUUUCACACCAACCCACAACACAAAAAUCUCCAAAUUAAAACCCCACCAAACCCUAUUCUCUCUCAAUUUCCCAAUCUCCCAAUCUCAACAAGAAUGCUUCUAUAGCAUCCAAGAAGAGGAAAGAGAGAGCAAAGAACUUGGGUUCACUUUGGAUUCAGGCAAUGAACAUGGUAAAGCGUAGAGAGGUGAACAAAAAGCUGUCUGUAAUGGCGUGACACUAUCAUACGAGUUGCAUUCAACAUGUUUGUAAGAAAACCCACAAAGAAAAAAGGAGUUACUGUUGUGUACAAAAUUUUUUCUACAUGUUAAAAACUGUCACUUUCUGGCAAUGCCGAGCCCCACUUGAGCACCUCCCCUCGAAUACUUCCGAAAAGGUGUGUUAAUAGACAAUUAAAGGAUUAGGCAAUGGCCGGCCCAGUAGGUUAAUUUCUGCAGCUUUGAUCGGUCCCAAAUCAAAAAGAGGGUCCCCAUCUGUAGUUUGAACACAAUUUCUAGAAAUGGGAAGGAGCUCUGCUGAAGACAAAUGGGAAAAUUCCGACUGUCAUAAAGAAGAGGAGGAGGGGGAGGGAGAGGAAGAAGAAGCAUUAUCGCUUUGUGAUUUACCGGUAAAUUUGAUCAAAGAAGAGACUCAACCAAGUAAAGAAGUUGCUCAAGAAACUGAGGCUAGUCAAGAAGAUUUCGAUUUCGUGCCCUGGGGUGGCUCUCUUUCUACAAGUUCAGAAAUGUGUGCAGCUGAUGAUAUAUUUUUUCAGGGCCAAAUUCUCCCAUUUCGUCUCUCAGUCAGUUCUGAAAGUGGUCUUACCAAGUUAAGGCAAGACAGCUUGAACCUAAGCCGGUGUGCAUCGAUGUCAGAAUCCAUGGACCGCAGUUCAGUGGGAGGGUUCACAAGUUUCAGUAGCAGAAGCAGUAGCAGCCGUAGCCAAUUCUCAUCAAGUAGCAGCUGCUCAGUCACUACCAGCACAAGAAUUUCAAAGCCAAGAAUCCAAAAUCAGUUUCACACCCACCCAAGUCCCAAGCCUCAAAUCAAACUUCCCACCAACUCACUGGGAAAUGCUGGCAGUAACAGGAACAGAAAAUCAACAAUAUGGGAAUUUUUUAGAUUGGGUUUGGUCCAUACACCAGAAAUUGAAUUGCAAGAUCUCAAGGUUCGUACAUCAGUUAGUAGAAACAGCAGUUCAAGUAGUAGCAAUAGCAAUUCCAGCUUCAGAAUUAGAAGUAACAGCAGAGUUAGAAUCAGUAGCAGCAGCCAAAACCAAGAGAACAAGGAUAAACAGAAGAAACAGAGUUUCUUGGAGAAAAAAUCAGGAGCAGGAGGGUUAUUAAGUGGGUGUAGUUGUACAGUUAGUGCAGUGAAAUCAGUUCCAUUGAACAUAAUCGUCAUUAAACCCAUUAACAGUAGUGGAAAUAGCAAUAACUACAAAAGCAAAGAAAAAGGCUCAGCUGAGGGAGUGCCACAAGAAUUAAAGAUAAAGAAUAAGAAGAAAAUGGUGGAAAAGCAGCAGCAGCAGGGAAAGCAAGCAAUAUCACGUCAUCGAACGUUUGAGUGGAUAAAGGAGCUUUCACAUGCUAGCUUUCUCGUUGAUAAUGAGGAGGAGGGCCUUGACUCGUGACUAAUCAACAAUCUCUCAGCAUGCUUUGUAUUCUUCUUUUUUAAUUUUUUUAAUGUCUUUUUAUUAGCAUCAGCUUGUUUGUUCUUCUUCUUUUUGGGUUCUCCUUUUUUGUCUUUAAUUUGAAUCAAUUUGAUAUUUUAUAUAGUGUUGGAGCACCGAUUGCCAGAAGUAGAAGUUUUUCUUUUGUCUUUCCA